AUGUUGCAACCCAUUAAUAUUACUACUGGAGGCUACCAGGCCGUCACCACCAUCCUCGGUAUCGUCGCCUUCACAGGUGGUCUCGUCUAUCUCAUCAGUGCUCUUGUCGACAGCCGCAAGGUCUUUCAGAGAUUCAACCGCGCCCCUUCGUUCAGCCACCAGCAGCAGGCCGAGAAACCUGACGUGAAGACCGAGAAGGGGCCGAGUUAUGUGAACUCGUUCCCGCCAUCCCAGCGAGCCACACUCGCCGAGCUGGGACCCCAAUAUGCCGACGUCACUGAGGUAGACCUCGCCGCAUCUCGGAAGCCCAUCCUGAAGCUGGACGCCGACUACCGCACCGCGGGUCCCGACGAAUUCAACUUCAGCGGCUUCAGCGUCGCCGACAUCAAGUCUCUCGGCGACUUCCCCGACUACGCGACGCUCUCUGGCGUUCCUUUGCCAUCGCCUCUAGAGAACUUUGACAUUGACAAAGCCGUCCCGCGUCCGUAUCGGCCGUUCCGAUGGGCUUACCACCAGACCAUGUGUAAGGACCGCAUCGCCGAGCGCCGGGAUCUGUACGCCAAGAACGGCGAGGGUGUCCUCGCAGCCUUGCCGGGCUCCGAGCUCGCCUGCAAAGAGCUGGCGGAGAUGGUCUUCCAGUUCAUCUGCGCGCGGUACCCCAAGCAGUUCCAGCGCGACGGCAGCGUGCUGGUCAACAGGAUACUGGGGACCACGACCGACCUCUCAGAGACCGAGCCACUGAUUGCGCUGCUGGACAACGUGCCCGAGGACUUUGGCGUCAUGAUCCGCGAUCCCGAGACCGGGCGCUACGUGCUGCGGGCCGGCGUGGUGUGCUCGUCCGUCGGCUGGAAGAUCAGCGAGAAGAUGGGCCUGGGACUUCCCGGCAUACACAAGGCCGUCCCGGACUACAAGGAGAAGAUGGAGUUCAGCAUGGACCGGUUCUUCACCAAGAUGACGACGAACAAGCCGAUUCAAAGGGGGUCGUGGGGCCUCGAGAUGGGCCAGCCUCUGUUUCUGCCGUCGGACCACCCCGGGUUCGCCCAUCGCGAGUGCCAGGACCCCGAUCUGAGGCCGGAGGACGUCUACCUGCGGGUCGACUGGCAGACCCUCCGCCGCCUCCCGCUGUCCGGCGCCGUCGUCUUCAACUUCAAGGCCCUGUUUACCCCGCUGACGGACUUCAAAGACGAGCCGUACAUUCCUUCUUUGUUGCUCAAGGUUCUCAACGAAGGCAAAGAAAACAUCAUCAAGUACAAGGGAACAUGGCAUGUGGAGCACGUGGCGAAGCCGACGUUGAGGGCGUACGAGGAGUAUCAGGUCGAAAACGACCUUAUCGAGAGGGACUGGGACGUACAUACCUUGCCCGAGGCUCCCUUUUUCAGGGGAUGGGAGAGAAAGUGGACUGUGGAGUGA